AGUCAGUGACGGACGGGGUAGUAAUUACUUUAGAUUUAUAGCAAUACUCAUACAACCGCUCCAUGCCCGCUCUCCCUCCACCUCACCCACAGCUGAUCAAAUGUCAAAGAAAAUGGAGUGUAGUUACGCAUUUUGUAUUUCAGAUUAGAAAUUUACAAUAUGAAGCCAAAUUAUGUAGUUUUCAUGGCUAGUCAGGGUUACAAUGGAUAAAACUACUCCAUUUCAACCUUGGGCUGCCGAAGAAAGUGCGAAAAGUAUAAAAACUGAACGAGAAGUAGUAGAUGACGCGAAACUUCAUCGGGAAAAUGUCAAUCAUCCAAAACAUACGCAAACUGCGUCUUACGAUAAAGAAAGUGUCUCCGUUGCAAGCAACGCUCCAGGCUCUUCGAGUAUCACGGGUGCUGACACCGUCCCCGGUAUGGAGUCCAAGAUGGACACCACCAAAGUAGCUUCCAUGCAACAAAUCGUCGAGAAUACCCUCAGCCAAGAGGGUCGACAACGAGUAGCACAAUUAUUGGAGGCUGUUGAAGCCUUAAGUGGUGCAGAGCGGUUGCUGCUUUAUCUACGACUACCCACUGGAGUCCCACCGCACGAUCCCUUAAAACAGCCCAUAAACCCACUGGGCUCUAGAGCUGAACUUCAGCAGACUGUAACAUGGAUACAGACGCACCUGGAAGUUGAUCCGGACGUCUCUUUGCCCAAACAAGAUGUGUAUGAUGAAUACAUAGCGCACUGCAUGACUAGCAAUAUGAAGCCCCUUUCUACGGCCGAUUUCGGAAAAGUGAUGAAACAAGUGUAUCCCAGUGUCAGGCCUCGCCGACUAGGCACACGGGGCAACUCUAGGUAUUGUUACGCCGGUCUACGGAAAAAAGUUAAAUUAGAAGUACCACAGCUUCCAACUUUGGGAGAAUCAUCAAAGUUGCAGGAAGUGAACAUAGCGUCGAAAGAAACUGAAAGAAUAGUGUGCGACUGGGCUGAAUUAAAAUUAGGUAUAAAGUUCACCAACAUAUCGGAGUUAUCACGACAUCUAAUGGCAGCAGCCGUGCAACACACAGCGCCAGGUCCGGCCAGUAGUUCUCCACCACCUUUGGGCCAAUCACACGUAUCUCCAGAUGACGCCGCCAGUCGCCAGCUGAUAACCCAGUUAAAGAGGAAAAUACAGACGCAGGGUGCACCGGGUCGGCCGCGGAAGAAGAAGGCGCAGGAGGCGAGCGAGUCGCCGCCCUCCACGUCGUACGCGCAGCACACCCCCGCGCCUGUGAAACACGAGGACGCGCCAGAGUACGGCUACCAUCCGCCGUAUGUGUACGAGGUGCGCGCGCCUUACGCGGCGUUCGGACCGCCCCGCGCGCACCCUCACCCCCACCCCCACCCCUCGCCUGCCGACUACCGCCCCGAGGCGUACGCGUACGAGCAGGGGUACGCGCGCGACCUCUCGCUCAACGUGCCCGACCCCGCGCUCAACGUGCCUAUCAACCUCAGCAGCGACGCGCGCGGCCCCGCCGCCGACUGGGCCCGCCGCCGGCCCCCCGAGCCGCCCCCACGCCUGCCCCUACCCGGUAAGAAACUCAUCCUAGAGACAUACCACAGCGAGACCCAGGGCAGUUCCCCCCGCGCCCCACCCGAGCCGCGUCCCCCGCCCACCCAGGAGGAGUUCCCGCGCGCCGAGUACCUGCCCAAGAAGAUGCGCGCCGCCGAGAUCAUGGGCGGCAAGCUGGCCGCCGCGCGCCACGCCGCUAACGACGGCCCCUCCGCCUCCGCGGACCCGACCCCCGCACGUUCCGCGGUCGCUUUUUUAGAGGAUCCAAAAAACUUAACGAGCCGGUCCAAAAGCACCGCCGCGGCGCUGGCCCGGGAGGAACAGGAGGCGGCGAGUCCCACGCGGUCGACGAAGGCGCAGACCCCUAGGCCCGAACGCAGCGAGCGCCGGCCCGCGCGGCCCCGCCCGCCCGCGAGCCCCGACACAUGCUGCGGCCUGGACGGCAUCAACAUCAAAACCGGCAUGAUCUGCGAGGAGAAGCACUCGGAGAUCCUCAACAGGGAGCGGGUGAUCAGCAUCUGCAACAUCGACAAGCACGAUCUCGACGACUACCUUAACGAGGGCAACAGUCAGGAGCACGAGGAGGAGCUGCUGCAGUAUUUCCAAGCGAAGGAUGCGGAGCCGACCGAAACGCCGUCCGCCUGCGACGCUGCUUCUUUUUUAGAAACCAAUCAAGACCCGCACGACGAUCACAGUCAGGGCAAGAAUGAAAAGAUAUCACAACUGCGCGAACUGCUGGCGAAAAAUUUAAAAAACCAGAAUAGCUCUUCGCAGAAUGCUUCUAUAAAUCAGGAUCAGCAACAACUCAAAGAAAAUUCGCACGAGCAGACGCUCAAAUUAGCUACGAACGAUGGUGCGUUUAAACCGCUCGGCGACGUCGAUGUAACCAACGGACCUCCGACAUUGAACCAAAUCGGGGUGAACAACAGCAAAAUGUGUAACUCUGUUCCGAAUGAAAAUGGAACUGCCCCACCAUUUAUAAGUAACAGCUCGUCAAAUCAUCCUAAUUGUCAGAACGAACCUCAGAGUCCUACUUCUAGAACGCAACAGUACGACUUUGUUCCUAUAUCUGACGGAUGCCAGUCGCCUGGCAAUUUUAAUUCGAAAUCGCCUUUGGGAUUUAGCCAAAGUGGACAUAGUCCAACGAAAAUCAAUAAGUCUGUUAUGGGAAAUUCACUCCAAACUUCACCAAUAUCUCACAGCACUGCAGCGAGCCCUUUCGUAAGUCCCCGAAAUACACCCGUACCACGUUCGAAAUUUUGCCCAAGACCAAUACCAAAACUAAACGGACGAAAAAGGCGGAACCCUUUAUCUUUAGGAGUGGUUGAUCAAUGCCACAAGCAGUUUGCAAUACCGAACGAUCAGAAAUUCCUAAAUAAAAUGCCGGUAUGUGGCCCAGGCAAAUUCUGCCAAUCAAUCCAACCGAUGUCUGCACCGCCGUCACCUAACAUUCUAAAUUCUCAAUAUAAAGCACAAUUGUUUCAUUGCGCUCCCGUAUCGAAUGGUGCUCAUAACCUAAGUUUAAACUUUUUACCGAAUACUCCGAUACGAGAUCAUAUGGAUAGGGAGCUCACGCAGCCGUUAUCAGCUGACCCUUUAUCGAGUGAGGUCAGUCAAUUCUUUCAAGAACCUCUUGUUAAUUAUAGGCCGGUACCAGAUUCGUUCAGGUCACAGUCUGUGCCCCUCAAACAAGGCAUCAAUAACAUGUGCUUGUUAAGUUAUAAUAACACCCCAGUCGGUUCAGUCCCACCCACGCCGGUCCCUAAUGAGUUUUGUGAUUUUGGCUCUUUAGCUGACACAUGUGAUAUAUCGAAGGCGGGUUUAAAUUCUGAAACAUUGGAUAAAAUUUACAAUGCGAUCGACAGUAGCAAUGAUGUACUUAACACAAACGCAGCUCAAACACUAUUGAAUUCUAACAAUACGCUGAGUAAUGGUUGUGAUCACAUGCCCGAACAGACGAUACUUUCUGAUGAACAGCUCGGUUCCCUUAUGCCCAGCGGUGACGAAUUACUCGAUAGAAGCAGUCAGUUCAAUCAGAGCUUCACUAACGAUGCUACUUCCACGGAUAAUGUUGAGGAUUUCUUAAAACGACCUAAUAGUAUUGAAUUUGACCUAUCCGAAUUAGAAUCCGAUAAGAAUAAGUUUUAUACGUCUCGGUCUGUGCCUAGCACACCGUUACCAUUCAAACGUGCAGCGUCGAAUUUACAAAUCGACUCGUGUCGUCCCAGGGAAUUGUUUCCUGCUGAAAAUUCUUAUUCCAAUGCAUCUAACGGCAUAUCAUCUAAAUCUGUGCCGUCGACUCCGCAGUUGGUGGAGGACAGAAGCGUUUUCAGCUACAGUAAUAGAGAUUAUCUAAUCAACGGCAAUUCAGUGGGAGGUUCUUCGCAGAUUCAUGAUAUCGUGAUGGAUAAUGACCAAAGCCUGGCAUCUCCGUUGAACGACAUGUUGCGAGAGGACAUGUUGGACCCCCUAACACCCGCCUUGCUGGCCGACCUCGACAAAAUGGACGCUCCAUACGUCGAUCUCUAGUCAGCCCUUGUUUAUAUAUAGAUGUUUGUAUAUAAUAUUUAAUGUUACAUCUUUGUUUGUACAGACUAUAGAUGUCGAAAUAUUGGAUAUCUUUAAAGAGUACAAUGUUUGUUUGUUUGCCUUCAGUGAAGGUUCUAAGUUGUGCAUGGCUAAUUUUAAAUUCAGAUCGCACACUCCCAAAACGUUGAGUCAAUAUAUUGUGCACCAUUAUUAAUGUGAUAAUUAAAAAAUAUCUAUGCUAUUUCAAUUACUAGGGAGUAAGCAAAAGCAAACUCUGGUCAUUAUUAUGAAAGUCAGGUGUUAUCAUUAUUGAUUUUGUCUAUAAAUUAUAGAAUUGACACAGGCAUUGCCUAUUUUUUUGUAUAGAUACUAAAGAAUAUUUUAUAUUAAAUGAUUUUAACAAUGAUGGAACUAGAUAAUGGGUUAAAAGUCACAAGAAUAAAUAAAAUUUCAAUUUUAAUGUAAAUUAUUUUAAAAUUUACAUUUUAUACACACC